AUGCCCGGCCCCGGCACGCCACCUCGGUAUCGCUACACCAAGAGUGGUGGCAGCGAUGAGGAGGAAGACGGAGAGAAGGUCCUAACAGCGCGGAAGCGCGCGGGCUCCCUUGGGCGACCUCUUCGUGUCUCCAGGGUGCUAGACAGGCAGCGACAUGGAGGCGAGGCUCUAGGCCCUCCUGGUGCGGCCUUUUACCCGGGCUUCGUGUUGCAGGCACCACCGCUUCUCAAGCUCGGGCAGUUGCAAACACCUCCUCUCCCUGACAUGCUUCGAGCGCGCUCUCGGGAUGCACAUGGGCAUCCACAUGGGCAUGCACAUGGGCAUGCACAUGGGCAUUCUCAUGGGCACCACAGUCAGUUUCAGCCUGGCGUGCCAAGCAUGACGGGAAUGUCAGGCGUGCCCAGCGCGCCCAGCGCGCCAGGAAUGUCAGGCGUGCCCAGCGUGCCCAGCAUGCCCAGCAUGCCAGGAAUGCCUGGUGUACCAAGCAUGCCAGGAAUGCCAUCCAUGCCAUCCAUGCCAGGCAUGCCAGGCAUGCCGAGCAUGCCAGGAAUGCCAUCCAUGGCAGGCAUGGCGAGCAUGAGAGGUGCUGUAGGAAGCCCGGCCCUCUCGGAUGUGCCCAACUUCUUCCAGGACCCGCGAUGGGCGCAACGCUCGAGCGGCAAAGGUUUUGCGACGCCCUGGGGCGUCGCAAGCGGCGCCUUGUCCGUGCCAACGCCUGCUCCUACCGCAAGAACUGAGGGCAGGGAUGUCUCACCUGCGCCCUCGUGCAGCUCCAUGUCUUUGCCGAGCGGGACCAAGAUCAAGCCGCCAAACUUCGAGGCGCAGAUGAUGCAGCAGCAACAUCUCCAGAAGCUGUACGAGCUGAAAGAGCUGGAGAGGAGUCUGCGCGUUCAAGCCCAGAGCCAGCCUCAGGGUCAGAGAUGUCAGAGCUUCACCGAGAGGCUGGAGAGACCUUACCCACAUAUUGGGAAGCAGGAGGAGCUCAAGGCGCACGCCUGGCAGGAAGCGAAUCAGGCUUCCAGUGAGCAGGCGACCACGACAGAUGCACCGCCUCAGCCAGAGGCUGCCGAGACUGUGGCUGGCACUCCCCUCUCUGGAGGCUCCCUGCUUUCCUCUCGCGGCAGCCUGGCGGAGGCUUCCAGGCCGGGCGCCCGCGUGCUGGUCACCGGGGCCUCCGGCUUGCUGGGCCGCCAAGUGAUGCAGGUCUUUGCCACCACGACGUGGGAGGUGAGGGGCCUGUGCCGGCGCCGUGGGCGACCACCGCGGGUGCUGUGCUGUGACCUGCUGCAGGAGGAGCCGCUGACGCGGCUCAUGGAGCAGUUCCGACCUCAGGUGGUGGUCCAUCUGGCGGAGUGGCGGCAGGUGCUACAGUGCCCCAACCAGGCCCGGCAGCUGAACGUGGAUGCGGCAGGUUCUGUGGCGGCAGCUUGUGAGAAGUUAGGGGCCUGGCUGAUACACCUCAGCGCGGACUGCGUCUUCGACGGCACUGCUCCUCCGUACUGCGCGAACUCCAAGCCCAACCCGCUCAGCGAGUAUGGGUGGCACAAGCUCCACAGCGAGCAGCUGGUGCAGGCGGCCUGCUGCAAGGCGGCGGUGCUGCGGGUGCCGCUGCUCUAUGGGCCCGUGGAGUCCCUCACGGAUUCUGCUGUGACGAGUCUCUACACAGACCUUCAAAGCGGCAUCAGCGAGGUAGAUGCCUGGCAGCGAUGCUACCCCACCUGGGCGGGCGACGUGGCCAACGUGCUGAGGGUGAUGAUAGAGCAACAUUUGGCAGGGGAGCGGCUGCAAGGCAUCUUCCAUUGGCAAGGCAAUGAGCAGUACACCUGGUACGAGAUGAUGCUGCUGGUGGCGGAAGUGGCCGGACUGGAUGCCUCAGGCAUCACAGCGGUGCGCUCUCCGCCAUCCACGCCGCUGCCACGGGAUACCCGGUUGGACUGCGCGCGGCUGAUCCGUCUGCUGGGGCGCCAUAGCCCUCACACCUCGCUCAAGGAGGGCCUGAAGCAAUGCCUGGCGCCCUUCCGAGGGAUGGGAGCUGCUGCAAAGCCUCAGCCGGGGCAGAUCUCCAUCAAGCGCGCCAAGUCCAGGGAGAAGACCCCGGUGAGACAAGCACCGGCCACGCCAAACCAGGGGAGUGUAUCAGCCGACAAGGGAGGCGACGCACUGCAGCAGAUCUUCUGGGAGGAGCUGGAGCGUACUCGAGCACGCCUGCAGCAGGCCGGCAUCAACCGGAAGCGGUUGGAGGAGAAGUCAGCUCCAGACGCGCACCAGCUGGGCUAUCCAGGACGUUUCGAUGAGCAGACAGAGGCUGACGUUUGGGGCUCCGCCGCGGCGGACCUGGAGCGCGCCUUGACCAAGGUGCGGCGAGGGGAGCGUAUCGUCUCGCUCUUUCAGACUGGUCCUGGCCAGGGCGCGGGUGAUGCUGGGGCGGCGGACCUGGCCAAGGCGCUACAGGAUGCCCAGGCCCAGGUGCUGAACCAAGGCUUGGUGUCCUUGCGGCUCCGUGGGCAUCAGGUGGGCGAUGAAGGAGCAGGUCACUUGGCCAAAGCACUUCAAGGUGACGCCGGGAGGCUGCACACCUUGGACGUGGGCGGCAACCGCAUAGAUGACGCGGGAGCAGUGCUGCUGAGCCAGGCGCUGGCCGGCAGCCGGCUCCGAGUCUUGGACCUGUCGGGGAACAAGUUCGGGGAUGGCGCCAUGUCCGAACUCGCAAAGGCUUUGCCACAGAAAUUGGAGCAGCUGGAUCUGACAGGCAAUCAGAUUGGCUCGGAAGGGGUCAAGGUCUUGGCUGACGUGGUCAAAAACCACCCGCUCAAGGAGUUGUCCAUUGGCGAGAACCACACCGGGGACGCUGCUGCCACAUACCUUGCGCAGGCUUUUGGCGAGGCCUGUGGCCUUACGGUGCUGCACUUCUCUUGGUCUGGGCUCACGGACGCGGGGGCCAGCAUCUUGGCCUCCCGCCUGGCGAGGCAGCCCAAGCUGAGGGAGCUGCAGUUGACCAACAACAAGAUCGAAGAUGUUGGCGCGCUGGCUUUGGCGAAGGCCUUGGAGGAGCAUCGACAACUCAGGCUCGACAAGAACCAGAUCACGGAUGUGGCGAUCUUGGAGUUUGUUUCAGCUUUGGUUCGCAUGGACAAGAAGGACUUGACAUGCAGCUUGAGCCACAACCCCUCCAAGCGCUUUGACGAGGACUCUUUGCGGAAUCUGAAUAUGGUGGCUGCAACCGUCAGGGCAAUCUCCAAGAGAUGCGUGAGUUUGGAAAUGAUGCUCAAGUUCUUCAAGGACUAUACCUCGGUGGGUCGGAUUGCACACCAAUCAAGCACCACCGAGGAGGUGGUCAAAGAAGUUAUUCGGCCCGAGUCCGAUAAGUAUGGCGUAUGUUACAGUGAGUUCUACCACACCUUUUCGCCAGAGUACUACGUGGUUCAUUGUUGGCAGGCCCUGUUCAGCGACUUGCUGAUGGGGGUGGCCACCCAUGCCUCCGGCUUCACUCAGCCGAAGCUGGACCCCUCACACGAGCAGUAUAUUCGUCGCCCAGAGGCGCUUCUGAGGCGGUACUUUGUGGACAUCUUCUGCAUUGAUCAGGUCAGGAAGUUUCCACAGCACCACCCUCGGUGUGAGACGGACAAGUUUGAUCUCGUGCUGCAGGAAGCGAGUCGACACAGCACGAAGCUGUUGGUGACAAUGGAUCGGGACCACACUCCCAUGGCUCGCUCCUGGUGCUUAGCAGAGGUUUGCUUCGCCAAGCUCUGCAGCAUGUCCAUCCUGGUGAGCUUUGGCCCGAUUCAUCCUAUGCCUCGCCGCCGCAAGGGCAUGAUCUUCAAAAACACGGAAGCCUCCCUAGAAGCGGACGCGGAGCUGUUGAGACAGGAGUUGAUGCUUCGUGGCCCUGGCAUUGGAGAGAAAUUUGAGAACGAGGUGGUUGAGCCACUGCAGAAGCAGGCUACAGAUACGUACACGGCGGUGUAUGAGAGCAUGCCGUUGGACCAGCAAAAGGACUGCGAUUGGGUGAAGGCGCAGGAUGAUGCCCGCGAGGACAUGAAGAUGUAUGGCCGGCAAGGAAAUGCCGAAAAGAUGCGGGUGGCAGUCCAAGCUGGCAUCGACUCGCAGGUUGAGGACAGCACCAUGGAGCCCAACCGCCGGAGGUUGGCCCAGCUGGAGCUGGAGAUGGUUCUGAAUUUGGAGGCCAACUACUCCUUGCUGGAACACAUCAGCGAGCUGAGACGCACGUUACAGGCUUCCGAGGAGGAGAAGCUUGAAGAUCAUCCUUUGAUCAGCCGGGGGCGGGCGCGGCUCGCCGAGCAAGAGGCCGAAGCACGCAGACUGGAUGCCCAGCAGGAGCUGCUCAAAUCCACCAAGCAGGGCCAGAAGCUCUCCGACAGGUGGCAGUUGCAGCAGAAGAACAAGAAGAGGACCAACCCGGAGGCUCCGCUGGUGGAAGUGCCGGUGAUCAAGCUGCAGAAGCAGAUGGGUGGGCAGGAGAAGAAGGAGGAGGAAUGGCGUCGACAGAAGGUGCAGGACGAAAAGGCGCUGGUGAAAGGCCUGCGCCUGGCCUUUGAGGAGGGCGAGGCGGCGGGCUGCGACCGCGAGGUCAUCGACCACUGCCGGCGAGUCUAUUCAGAGCUCAGAGUCUUCACUUCAGCACAGUGGACGAUCCGGCGGCUGGCAGAAGAGCAGGCAGCUCAGCGGGCUGCAGAGGAGGCGGCAAGGCAAAAGGCGGAGCGCGCCGCGGCGAAGGCCGCGGAGCGAGAAGCUCGCCGAAAGGCUGCGGAAGAGAAGGGGGAGGACUUCGAAGAGUCCGAGGAUGAGUCCGAGGAUGAGAACCGCUUCUACGACGAGGAGGCGGAUGACGACGAGGACAAGGAAGAUCCUAAGGACGUGGAGGAUGGCUCCGUCCAGACCAUUUGCGCUGCCUUGCAGAGAGGAAGAGAAGCAGGUGGCCACCAUGAGGUUCGCGACUUUGGGAAGGCCUUCUUGAAGGAGCUGGACCUGCAGGUCUACCACCAGUACCUGCUGCAAGAGAUGACCUUUUCGGCCUCUCAAAGGUCUGCGGCAGAGCUGAAGCAUGUGCUUCAGCAGGUGGUGGCCGAGGGGUUGGGCCCACCUCCCGACACAAAGCCGAGAAGCGCGCAAAAGGAGAUCGCGGCCCAGGAGAGGCCUGGGGCUCGCCGCUUUCUGCAGGAGGCAAGUGCUGGCAAGCCAAAAGAUGCCAAUCGAGCGCCAGCAGAAUCUGCGGAGCCAGCAGAUGUUACUCCAGAGCCAGCGGAAUCUGCCAAACCAGCAGAUGCCCCUCAGGAGCGAACAGAAGAAUCUGCAGACCCGGCAGAUGUCACUCUCGAGCCAGCAGAAUCUGGCAAGUCGGCAGAUAUCGCUCCAGAGCCAGCGGAAUCUGCUCAGCUGGCAGAUAUCACUCCAGAGCCCGUGGAAUCUGCCAAGCCGGCAGAUGCCACUCCAGAGCCGGAAUCUGGCAAGCCGGCCGAUAUCACUCCAGAGCCAGCGGAAUCUGCCAAACCAGCAGAUGCUCCAGAGCCAGCGGAAGCGGAACCUGCGGAGGAGACAACUGCGAAGUCAGGGCAGGACGGUGAAGACGGCGAAGCUGCCGGGGAUCACAAGGCAGAAGCCGGGCCGGCGGAUGCUGUGAUAAAGGCGCACACGCGCCUGGCCUUCCUCGAGAUGGCAGAUGCCAUGGAGGCCCGGGAUCUGCCGGAGCUGCUGAGACUGGUGCCAGCCGCAGAGAAGGCUGACGUCGAGGAGACAGAGGUGGCGCUGGGCUGGCGCUUGAUUCGCGAGUUGCAACUGGCGGAAUCGGUCAAGAAGCAAAACCUGAAGGAGAUCCGCCUGAGACUGGAGAAGGCCAGAGAAGCUAAGGUGCAGGACGAGGUGCUGCACAAUGCCGGGCGUAAGUUGGCCAACUGGGAGAUCAGGGAGGGCACUAGCCAGGGGAACGCGAAGAUGUUGGAGCGGGCCAUUGCGGAGGGCAGGGCUGCUGGGCUUACGGAGAAGCAGCUCUUCUCUGGCAAGCACGCCCUCCUGAAGCUGCAGGUUGCAGCUUUGGUCUCCACCGAGAUGCCGGAGGAGAUCAGAAAGCUGCUUGCCAUGGCAGAAGGCAUGGGAAUGCCGCCAGACAGCAAGGAGCUGGAGCAGCCUAAGUCUCGCCUGGCCUUGCUGGAGUUGCGUGAGGCCAUCGAAGGUACUGAUGCCAAGAAACUACAAGCAUGCAUGGACGCCGCCAAAGAACACCGCGUGGACGGGGAGGAGUUGGAGAAGGGUAGCUUCAGGCUGAGGGUCCUGGAGCUUCAGGAAGCCUCCCGGGACUUCGACGCGGAGCGGCUGAGGGAAGCGAUGCAGGAUGCCAAGGCGGCCGGGGUCCCGAAGAGCCUCUUCCCCCCGGCCAAGCGCAAGCUUGCAGACCUCAACCCGGAGGCUCUCUCAGAGUGGAUGCUGGAGGAGCUGGAGGAGGCUGUUACCUCGCUGUCCGCGGAAGAUCCUUCCGCUCAGCUCCGCCCCAUCUUGGAGGAGGCCAUCGCCGCCAAGGUCAACGAGGAGGACAUCAAGCCCGCGGAGGAAAAGCUUGCGAAGAUGGAGCUCAAGGAAGCUGCGACCAUGACCGAUCGCUUCGAUGUGGAGAGGAUCCUCAACACUGCGCAAGUGUAUGGCUGGGAUCUCUCAAAAGGCUCUAUGGGCGCGCUUUAUGAGGCGGCGGAUGUCAACCGGAAGAACCUCAUCAUGAAGGAGAGGAAGGCUGAGUGCAAGGACAGUCUCGAGUUCGCGAUCAUGUCGAUGGACCUAGAGUUGCUACGCCAGCACAUCAAGGAGGCUCAGGAUCUCGGCCUAGAUAAGGAGGUCAUUGAGAAGGCGGAGGCAAUUUAUCAGGACUACGCCUAG